GUAUUUUCCUACGUGCAUACUCUCCUGGGGACGUCAUGAUCGGAGGACUUUUCCCUGUUCACGAACAAACCAACCGCACCAGAGAGCCCGGACCGCUCAGCUGCUCUGGCUUCGAUGUCCAGAUGUUCCUUCGCACUCAAGUGAUGAUACACGCCAUCCGAGAAAUAAACCAGCGUGUGCCGAGGGUUCUACCCAACGUCUCCAUAGGAUACGACAUCUACGACACGUGUGGAGAUGUCAGCUUAGCCAUCAGAGCCACGCUCCAGCUGCUGAGGAACCAAUCAGACACUCGGAGCUGUUUGGUACCCGAACAGUUUCAAACUGUUCUACCCGAACCCAAAACCAAGGCGGUGAUUGGUGAAUCUUCUUCUGAAGUGUCAAUCGCUGUUGCUCGAGUUCUGGCGCUGUCCUCCGUGACCCAGAUUGGCUAUGCUGCGACUAGCCAGGUGCUCAGCAGGAAGUUGAAGUUCCCCACUUUUCUGCGAACGACACCCAGUGACAAACAUCAGACGAAGGCCAUCGUUGACCUGGUUGUGAAGUUUAACUGGAAGACAGUGAUCGUCGUCGGAAGUGAUGACGAGUACGGGAGGUACGGCAGUGACAACCUCGAGGACCUUUUCAAAGCAGAGGGCAUCUGCGUUGAAUUCAUUGAAAUCCUGCCGGGUAAUUUUUACUUGAACAAUUCCACACACGUAGACGUGACCGAGCUGAUACACAGAAUCAACGAGUCCUCCGCUGAAGCCGUCAUCCUGUUCACCUGGGAAUCUAACGUUGCGGUCAUCCUGGAAGCGGCAAUCCAACACGGACUCAACAGAACGUGGAUUGCAACGAACACGUGGUCAACCUCCCAGACGAUAUCCACGCUGCCGGGCAUCGAGGGGGUCGGGGAGGUGUUCGGGUUCGUCUCCAAGAGGAACGAGGUGCCUGGCUUUAAAGACUACGUCCUCUCAAUAUUCAAUGGCCCCUCCAACAGCAUUCUCCAGCACUACCUGGCUGAUUGUCCAGAUCUUUCGGAUGAGUUCAGUUGCCUCCAGGAGAACAGAGAACGUGACUGCUCGACGACAUACAACCACGCAAGCUGCUUGACCAAUCACAUCGACCAGGAUAUGUCAUACAACAUCUACUUAGCCGUUGAAGUCAUUGCUCUGGGUCUGAGGAGCUUGCUAAAGUGUGACGCCCAUCACUGUAAACGUAGCACCGACUUUACAGCCCUGGAGCUUUUUACGGAAAUCAAAAAAGUAAACCACACUUUUAAUAAUACUCAAAUAUUCUUUGACUCCAAUGGAGACCCAAGAAUAGAAUAUGAUAUUUUGUAUUGGAACUGGAAAAAAUACAAACAUUACCCACAAAUGGAAACCAUUGGAGUGUACAAUCUGGAUGAAAUAAUCCAAGUGCCAGAUGAUCUUGUUGAAAGAAUGUGCAAUGUGACGGUAACGGAUUUCAAUUGUUCUAAAACAUGUGAACAUGGGCAUGAGUUGAAAAUCCUUGAAAAAUGUUGCUGCCAUUAUUGUAUUCAAUGUGCAGAUGGAGAGUUUUCCCCUAAAAAAGGCUAGGAGUGCAAACGGUGCAGCGCGGAGCAGUAUUCGUCCGAGCGCCGGACCUCUUGCAUCAAC